GACUCCAAAUGAAGGCAUGUCAGCUAUGGCUAUGAAAUUCAAACUGAUGAAAGAGAAGAAACUGGAACUCCUGAACAAUGCUUCCAUUGCCGCUGAAAUAAAAAAAGCCAACUUUAGUUCAGAUGCGUCAAGCACAACCGUUUCUGCUGUGCUAAAGAGUAUCAGUGAGGGCAGUGCCCAAGAUAAGUCCCUCGAUCCCACUGCAAUUCCAACAAUAAUGGUUACCAACGCUGACUCCUAUGGUCAUCGUAAAAGUACUUCCAAUGUCUCUCAGCCAGGAGACACGUCCGUAAAUGUAGCUUGUCAUAAAGCUGUUGAGGCCAAAACUGUGAUAAAUGCUUCUUGUGAUAGUAGUAGUGUUCAAGUCUCCGCAGCCGACUCGGCAACCCUGAUUGGGAGUAGCCAGAAAAUAGUUCUAGGAAACCCAGAGCCAAGUUCAGAAAAUGUCAGUGGUGACACUUGUGAAAACAAAAGUACCGCAUUGAGGAGCAAUGAAAGAGUUGGAACAAGCUCGAGUCCCCAAAUUUCGAGUCCCCCGCCUUUGCCAGAAGCGUUGUUAGCAAUGCUGGAAGUCAUGGAGUGCGAGGAAUCGAAGAAAGAAGGAGUUUCUAAGUGCCAGCAAAAGUUCACAAAGUACACUCCGGUUCUCUCAUCUCUGAGCAGAUCCAGUGGCAGAGACGAGAAAUAUAGCGUGGAUAGCAUAAUUUGCCCAUUCAAUCUACAAGGCACCUGUAGAGAUGAAACUUGUGAGUACAAACACCUGCCUAACUAACUCAACUACGGUAUGUAUUUUGUACUCUAGCAAAGUGAUAGACACAAUUUAAGCACCUGAUCUGAAGCCUGCUCAUCUGUCCUUACCCAUAGAAUGAUAGGUUUUGCCUGUCGUUUUCACAAUCCAUUUUUGUUUAGUUAUUUUCAUAAUCUUAAUCCCAACUUUUUCCCUCGCUUUCCUCUGAAGAUUUUAGUCUCGGAAUAGAAUUUCAUCAACCCCUCAUAUUUUCAAGAGUUGUCGCAGUUGAAGGUUUUGGAAAUGUAGUUGAUCUCACCUAAUCUAUGUCAAAUGAGUACUUUAAGGUUGACACCAUCAUAAUUUCAACUUCUUCGCUAGCAAGAAGGCAUCGAGCCAAGGGCAAGGGAAAAUAAUAAUUUGAAGAAUGACAUGUGGUGAAAGUGUAGUAGGUUUUGUUUUUAUUAUUAAUUGCAUAUAGUUACCGCCAACUUUGAGAUGGCAUUAUUAAUGGAGAUUAAUAUCUUCAAGUACCUGACCAUUUUAUUUUGAAUUUCUAAAAGACAACUUUGGGAAGAUUAUUUCAAUUUGCACCGGAAACAAGUGAAGGCAGAAGUCGUUGAAAGGUCUAAUGAAGAGUCCUUUUAAUUGCAAAAUUUCCUCAGAACGCAUUUAAUAUUCAUCUCUGCAAAGAACGCAUCGACUCUCCCAAGAAAGUUCAGUCAAACUUGCUGUGUAGCUAAGGUUUUGUGAAGCACCUUUUAUCAUUGAAGAAAUUUCAUGUAUCUUUAUGUCUUUUCAGAAGACAUUAUGCAUUUUUGGAAUUAUUGAUUCUAUAAUUUCAUGCGCAAUAGCAAGAUUUUUCAGGUCGAAUGUCUCUUAAGUUGUGGAUACUCGUUGAAUAUCUGUAUGAGCUCAAGACUCAGGCAUCCAGUUCUUUAGCCUCAUUUUUUUUUUUUUUUUUUUUUUUUUUUUUUUUUGUAUUGUUUUGUUUCUUCAAAUUCAUUUGCGAUUACAAACUGCCGUGAUUUUGAGGAGCACUUGGCGGUUGAAAUUGUUUCAUUUGAUCUUACUUUGAUGAUCUCAUAUGCAGCUUUUGUCAGUAGGCAACAGUUUAAAAGUGGUCAUUUGAUGGAAUAUUCAUUGUUAGUCGUUUUUUUCCCCCUUUUUUAUCUUUGGUCAGACAAGUCAACUUUUGAGAUGAAAAGUUGCGUCUCAAUAAUAUCUGACAUUGCCCGAAACAUGCAAUUCAGCAGUUAAAAUUGUUGAGCUUGAACAGUUCGUUGUAUUUCAAAUUAAUUGUUAUAUUCCAUCCGAAAAGAAAAUUCAUGUAAAAUCAGCUUUAACUGCAUGCUUCCCAAACGUUGUUUAAUAGCUUCAGGUAGAAUAUGAAAGGCAUCUCUCUUUCCCUUAGGUUUCCUUAAACCCUAUCAUUUAGGAAGUUAAUGAUCGUCACUUAUAGCUCUCGUAUCAUUAUUGCUUUCAGCAUUUAUAUUUUUCCCCUCUAUUCACUUAGUAUCUCAUUUGCUCCUGCCAUGAGUAUUGAUUCGAUAAUCAGUCUCCCAACUCCAAAAUUUCCGUUUUUUAGCUGGCUUUAAAUUAAAGAAGACUACAGAGAGAAAGCUGCUUUACAGCGACACUCUAAUUGUGCCAUUGGUUCUGUAACCAAAUUUUACCGGUAACUGGUUUAGUUAGUAAAAGUCCAUGCUAAACAUGCUUAUGCACUUUUAAACUGCGACAGAAGAUCCGCCAUUUUGAUUCUUGCAUUUUAUUUCCACACUGAACGGACAUCAGACAAUCUUUUGUCACAGUCUAGAAGUGCUUAAACUUAUUUGGCUAACAGCUAACGGAAUGAGGGAUUUUGUGAAGAUAAUAAUAAUGUUGAAUUAUUCUAUCUCUGCGCCUAUACUGACCCCUCUGAUGAAUUCUUAAAACAAUGCAAUCAUAGAUUUUCUCCACUUUAGUCGGUCUCUGCAGAGGCUGUAUUCACUACCCUAAUUAUCACUGCCAAAUUUUUUUCCUUGAGGAUCAAGAGAAACCAUUUCUGGUGGUUUUUUUUUUAAACAGUCAUCUUUCCGUGCAGCCCUCUUAAUCUCGCUUUGGUACUUACCCCGAGUCUCUAGUUUUUGUGGCAGUUAUCUUAGGACAUGAACAAUCACAAUCAGCCUACUUACCUCAGUAAUUUAUUAUCUUUCAAUACUCACUGGCUUGUUUUGUUUUUACACUAAAGUUGUUGUUCUCUCACCAUCAAGGUCUGAUAUUAUCUAAUCAGUACGUCUUUUAUAUAUCUUCAUUCAUCAAUAAACAUUAUUUUCAUUUCUGUCUCUCCAAUGAUGCUUACAAGUAACGGUCCUAGUUAAUUUUAAAUUCAAAUUUUUAUGAAUGGUUCAAAUUCGAAAAUGCAUACGUUUAUUUUUUGAGUCUUUUCCUUUAUUUUCACCCCGAUGUAGCAAGUUUUUCAGUAAUCGAGCAUUUUUCUUCUAUACUGUAAUUUUAAAUACGAAUCUUAAUCGAAUUUAAAUUUCUUACACGAGUUUAUAUUUAUACUAUACUUCAGAAGCAUUUCCAAAGCGAACCUUUUGAAUAUUGUCGGAAGCGGCAUUUUCCUACUCUCGAUUUCCCACUGCAGGAACAAAGUGUUAUCAAGUUUCUUGAUGUUCUUGUCUCUUUAUUUAUAAUUUUUUUAGGACUCAUUUUAUUUUUCCAGUCUGUUGUUUUUUAUUUGUACAGUUGUUUUGAUUCGUAAUAAAGUAUUUUUAUUUUAUUUUA